AUGUGGCAACGUAGCUUCUUGGAUAUGCUUAGUGCAGUCGCAGCGCGAAAGGCGCGCUUAGAAGAGAAGAAACCCCCGGCAGACCUCUCGAAACCGACGUCUGCUCCCACGUCUGCCCCUGCGCAGGUUUCAACGCUCACUCCACGGCCCUCAUUGGCUCAGCAUCCUGAGGGAAAGUCUAAGCCCCCUCUGAAGAGAAAAUCCGGCGAGCAGGGGCCUAAACCUUCCAAGAAGAAGAGAAAACAGCAAGGCAAACCUCCGGGAGAAAAGCGUCCAAGAUACUUCGAGGGCGAUGCGUUCAAGACACAGGAAGACUUAAUCGUGGUCCCAGAUGAUGAUUCAGAUACGGAUGCAUCUCGUAGCGAAAUGUCGAUCGGUAGCGAAACUAUCGAGUGGACUGUUCUCCCUACACCCACGACACAGGCGGCUACUCAGCCACUUAUUCUACAAACGAAGCGCAGAAGAGCAUGGUCCCCUAGUGUCCAAUUAAGAGACUCCUCCGAUGAGGAAGACGACGAGAGUGGGGAGGAUGCCGCGUACAGUGCAGAGCUACCUUCAAUCUACCAACCUUCACGUCCGGCGCCCGAUGAACCCCCUGUGUUGUCAACAUUCCGUCCUAUCCUAGACCAGAAUAUGUUCCACUUGACGGAAGAAGAGAUGAAGCAAUGCAAUUUACCCUCUGGUCAAAGAGGAACACUCCUGGUGUUAUCUCUAGGGGAAACUCUGACACUUCUGGGGACAUGCUCACUAAUUGUGCUGCACGGUUCUAUAUCACUGUAUGGUGCCACUCUCCAUGCCUCAAGCACUGUCUACCGUGUCUUCGCCCCUCGCUCUUCGCCCCUACCUGUCAUCGAAAGUCUGUCACAGACCCGGCAUCCGAGGGAUAUCUCACUCGCUUUGCCAUCAAGAAUACGAGCUGCAGCCACUGCAGGAAGAGCGGCUGUCCUUCUUCAGGAUAUUCAAACAGGUGUCGAAGGCUUGGGACUAGUAUGCCGCACAUUCGACGGCGUCUUUGCGCCCUCACGCUGGCAGAGUAGUUCAGCAGUGCCCGACCUCGGCUUGAACAGUGUCAAAUUGGUUACCCACCAUACCCGCGAUUUGAACCCGCUGCUAAUUCCUCAUUCAUGGGAGGCAGCGACGUCUAGCCUUCUUACUCGCGAUGUCAGCACAUCUGGUUACGCCUCCGCUCGGCUUGUGUGCCUUGUAAAGGGCCCGAAAAACGCUGGGAAAAGCACAUUGGCGCGGACACUCCUAAAUCGGCUUCUGACAAAGUACAGGCGCGUGGCAUUUUUGGAAUGUGAUCUUGGACAAUCCGAGUUCACCCCGGGAGGCAUGGCCGCUCUGAAUAUUCUCGAUAAGCCUGUCUUUGGGCCACCGUUUACUCAUUCGAGCAUACCAUACGCAGCGCAUUACAUUGGUGCCGCUUCUCCACGGUCGUCGCCUUCCCAUUACCUCGAGUCUAUCCAGGCGCUUGUCCAAACCUACAACCUCGAUGUGCAGCAUGGCGCGCUUCUGGAAGAGCAGGAUGUAUCGGAUGACCGGAUUUCUGAUCUCAUUCCAUUGGUUGUAAACACAAUGGGAUGGACAAAAGGCCUUGGUGCUGAUUUAUCGCGCAAAGUCGAAGAGCUGGUCGAACCAUCCGACAUCUUUGACAUCAACCCUCCAGUGUCGGAUGACUCAUAUGGAAUCGUUGACACGAAUGCCUUCAUGCAAGCUGCUUUGCCUCUCCCACAAGGGGUUACACAUCAUCAUCUGGCCGCCAUAGAACCCUCCCCACUGUCAGCCCUGUAUUCUGCUGCCGAUCACCGCUUUUUGUCCACCAUGUCCUACUUCCAUGCGGUCUUCACCUCCGAUCUCACCCCACCACAAACAGUUAUGGCGUCGUCGUGGGACACAACACUUCCUUUGUGUGCACAGCGUCCUUACGAGGUGGACAGUCAAGCGGCAAUCGACCACGUCAUUCUCACUGGAGCGGGUAUGGAAGACGUCGUGCCCUCAGAGGUGCAUCGUGUACUAAAUGGCGCUAUUGUCGCUCUCGUGAGGUGUGACCCCGGGGCCGUGGACAUUGACGCGGACGGCUCAACGGACCCAACGCAUGUCUUCCGAUACCGACAAGGUUCAGCCCCACCGUCUCCCUUCUCGUCCAAUUGCUGUGGCCUCGCCCUGGUUCGCUCUCUUCCACACUCACCGCCGAGUCCAUCAAUGCACCUCAUCACUCCUCUUCCGCCCCAUCUCCUGCAGUCUGGUCGCGUAUUCGUGAAAGGCGAGCUGGAGCUACCUAUCUGGGGUAUGCUUGACUUCCGCUCGAUAGACAACGGAGAUGUUGCGGGCGUCGAGCGCAGCAGAGUGCCGUACCUGAAAUGGGGCAAGAGUGAAGCCGCAGGAGGCGAGCGUCGGAGGAUACGAAGGAACUUGAUGAGGAAAGUCUUCGACAUGAUGUGCCUUGUAACGUCCCACACGGUAGCUGCAUCCACAACCCAUGGGUCGAUCGCUUUGAAAUCAGCUGAAAACAAUGGCGAUGUCCGGUCCUUUUGUAUCCAACCAAUGCCUCCACAUAUCGCGAACGCUCGGGCUGGCAAGUGGUACUCCGCAGCCUCCGUAUCCAUGUGCCGGGCUGAGCGGUAUGCAGGAAGCAAUUUUGGGGGUGUUGUGUUCGCGUUGGAGGCACCGAGGAUCCUGAGGUAUCGUGCUGACGUCGCCCAGUACCUCUUCUCUUCCUCCGGGGUGUAUGCAGGAGACCAGGUUGACGGAUCCGGUGGACUUCUCAACCUCAGAAGCUUCGAGCUGAGAGUCCCUGUCGACUUCAGUAAUGCGGCAAACCAGCGCCCAACGAAGUCCACCGGCGCAACACGGAACCACCUUGUAAGAAAUCUACGUCUGCCAUAUCGUAGAAGAUGCGUCAUGCUCGAGACAGUAUAUGGCCAGCCGAUCGAACACGCCUGUAACAGAACAACGCUCGAUGUGAUAGGAAAGAGCCAUGAUACUACGGCGGGUGCUCUAACAUGGUCGUUCUGGGAGUUCGCCAAAGUCAAACAUCAUAACUACCAGAGCAAGGUGCGUAAGGAGAUCGUCGCCACCCGUGCUGCAGUACGAACUAGGGGGGACGUCGAAUUCUCUGUUGCCGAGCUAGAAUCGAUGACCUGCGACAAUGCUACAAUCAAGGCGCGUUCCGUACCCAUGAAGUGA